UCGGUGUAGAUUCUCACACACUGACGUGAGCGUCGUUCGUUCACGAGUUAGUUUAAAAAUGACGGAAGAGAAAAUUGGUUCGCUAGAAGAAGAGGCUUUAAAGAGGAAAGAGCGACUCCAAGCUCUCAAAAGGAAGAAUGAAGGCAGUAAACAAGGAGAGAACAAGAAUGAUACGACCGAAAAUUUACCGAAGCCAAAAUUCCGAAGUUACAAGCCACAGGAUGAAAGUUUGAAGAAUAAUAUAAUAGAGGAUGCGAAACCCGGUGAUGUAGAAGCCGUAGUUAAAGAACAGUUGGAUACAGCGGGCAGCAAAGUGGUUAUCGAGGAACUAGAUAUCAGUAAUUUAGCGCCUAGAAAACCAGAUUGGGAUCUAAAGCGAGAUAUCGCCAAAAGAUUAGAAAUAUUAGAAAGGAAAACGCAAAAAGCAAUAGCGGAAGAAGUGAGAGCGCGUAUCAAAGGGGGCGAGCAAAAUCUAGCAGCUUAUGUAAAUGAACCCAAUAAAGUGUAGAAAUAUUGUUAUCAGUGAUAGAUUUAUUUUGUAAUAAAUGAUAUAUCUGGUUUUAUAGAAUAUA